AUGGAGACAGAAGAACUGGAAGAGGUGGAAAGGCAUUGCAGAAAAGCAACCAGUGGUGUCAAAAAGGGCAGUUUUCAGCAGACAGCCUCACAGCCUGGUGUGAAUUCUGAGGAUGAGGAGAAGUCAGAGGGUGCUGACCAUGUGACCCAGGACAGUGAGUCACAGACUCACUACAUUGCCAUUCAAAGAAAUUCCAAGUAUUAUCGGUCCAUGAGGCUACGGACCAGACAGAAAGAGAGGAAUAACAGAGAGGGGACGAAUGCUAGGCAUGCUGUAGCUUCACUCAAAAAUGGAGACAGCAGAAGCAAACUUCUGAAUGUGAAUGUAUUAUCUCGCAAGGGACCCCCAGUAUCAGUAAAAUCUGAAGUGAAAGCCUUGGAAGAACAAUGUAUACAAAGGCUGCUGCCUUCCUACCCCCGUUGCCGUGGCAACCGCCCGGCCUCCCCCAGCCCCGCGCUGCCUGCGGAGUCGCUCGGCAGCCGCCGCUUGGAGCCCGACUCGCCGCCGCUCUCACAGCCUCACAUGGAGCUGCUGGCUGCGGCGCUCAGCGCCGCCUGCGCCCUGGACCGCGACGGCUCGGCGGAGAGCGUGGCCGGAGCCCGCCCGGCCGGCAGAGAAUCCCCUUCCACAGCUGGACCAGUGCUUAUCCCUGAUGAGAGCCCCGUGCUCCCAGAGUGCCCAGCUGCUCUCCCUGAAACCCUGCAAAUGAUCCACCCCAUGACAACUGACUCCUGGAAAACCCUCAUUGAACAAAUAGGGCUCUUGUACCAGGAAUAUCGAGAUAAAUCUACACUUCAGGAGAUUGAAACCAGACGACUGCAAGAUGCACAGACAGACCCCGAGGAGUGCUCAACCAGUGAGGAGACAUCAUCAGAGGCAGAACCCACAAAUACUGCAGAAAGCAGGACUCUUCCCCAAAUCAGCUUGCUCAGGAACUCCACCUCCAGGUUUAACUUAUGGCAGGAUCUUCCAGAGAUCAGGAGCAGCGGUGUCCUGAAUAUCCUUCAGCCAGAUGAGAUCAAACUGCAGGAGGCCAUGUUUGAACUGGUCACUUCUGAAGCUUCAUACUACAAGAGUCUGAAUCUGCUGGUGUCUCACUUCAUGGAGAAUGAACGUCUGAAAAAGAUCUUGCAUCCAUCUGAGGCUCACAUCCUCUUCUCCAAUGUCCUGGAUGUCAUGGCUGUUAGUGAACGUUUCCUCUUGGAUCUUGAGCAGCGGGUGGAAGAGAACAUUGUGAUCUCAGAUGUGUGCGACAUUGUCUACCAGCACACAGUUAAUCACUUCUCGGUGUAUGUAACCUACGUCUCCAACCAGACCUACCAGGAGAGAGCUUACAAGCAACUUCUCCAAGACAAGACAGCUUUCCGGGAGGUGAUAUCACAGUUGGAGAUGGAUCCCAAGUGCAAAGGCCUGCCCUUCUCAUCCUUUUUGAUUUUGCCAUUUCAGAGGAUCACUCGGCUCAAGCUACUGGUGCAGAAUAUUCUUAAAAAAGUGGAAGAGAAAUCCGAGAAGGAAACCACUGCCCUUGAAGCACACAAAGAGCUGGAAACAGUGGUGAAGGCAUGUAACGAAGGUGUCAGGAAGAUGAGCCGAACAGAGCAGAUGAUUAGCAUCCAGAAGAAAUUAGAGUUUAAGAUCAAGUCUGUGCCCAUCAUCUCUCACUCCCGUUGGCUGUUAAAGCAAGGGGAACUGCAGCAAAUGAAUGGCCCAAAGACAUCACGCACACUCCGCACCAAGAAACUCUUUAGAGAAAUCUACUUGUUCCUUUUCAAUGACCUGCUGGUACUCUGCAGGCAGAUUCCUGGCGACAAGUACCAGGUGUUUGACUCAGCACCGCGAGGGCUUCUCCGGGUAGAGGAGUUAGAAGAUCAGGGACAGAGUUUGGCCAAUGUCUUCAUCCUGAGGCUUCUGGAGAACACGGAUGAUCGGGAGGUCAGCUACAUGCUCAAGGCAUCAUCCCAGAGUGAGAUGAAGCGCUGGAUGAUCUCGCUGGCUCCAAAUCGGAGAACCAAGUUUGUUUCGUUCACAUCCAGGCUCCUGGAUUGCCCCCAGGUGCAGUGUGUCCAUCCAUAUGUGGCUCAGCAACCAGAUGAGCUGUCCCUGGAGCUGGCAGAUGUGCUUAACAUCCUGGACAAGACAGAUGACGGUUGGAUUUUUGGGGAGCGUCUUCAUGACCAGGAAAGGGGCUGGUUCCCCAGCUCUAUGGGGGAGGAGAUUCUGAACCCCAAGAUCCGAUCGCAGAACCUAAAAGAGUGUUUCCGGGUCCACAAGUCGGAUGACAGUCAGCGGAGGAAGCUGGGCAGCAGGAAUCGCCAAUGA